GUUAAUAAAGUUGCCGGGUUUGACAUUUGCCGCGGACAACAUGGCGGCCUCCAUGCUGGGCUCUCUGCUACGGACAGUUCGGCAGAUGGUUCCUUCAUCAGCUUCAGGCCAAGUACGAAGUUACUAUGUGGACUGGAAAAUGUUGCGAGAUGUAAAGAGACGAAAAAUGGCCUAUGAAUUUGCAGAUGAGAGACUACGGAUCAAUUCGCUCAGGAAAAAUACCAUUUUGCCAAAAGACCUUCAGGAAGUGGCUGAUGAAGAAAUUGCUGCCCUCCCCCGGGAUAGCUGCCCAGUUAGAAUCAGAAAUCGGUGUGUUAUGACGUCCCGUCCGCGAGGUGUGAAACGGCGCUGGAGGCUUAGUCGCAUCGUCUUCCGUCACUUGGCUGACCAUGGACAACUGUCUGGGGUCCAGCGAGCAAUGUGGUAAUCAGCUCCAGAAAUUUGCAGGGAAGUUGGUUCUGGUGAGAAGAGACUUUCUAACAGACAAAAUCCUAAUUUUUGUAGGGGGUCAGUACAAGAGUCUGAUCUACUUGAUGCUGUCUAAAAAUUGCUUUUAAAUUUUAAAUGAAGAAAUUGAGAUGCUCCAUUUUGUCAAUGAGGUCUGACAGUGAAGCUAGACUUAAUGGAUUAAACAUACUGUUCCCAAGCCUGGUGCAGAGAACAAUAAAAAGUAUUUUCUGUGAAAAUGUGCUCUGUAUGCUUAUCUUUUCCUUCAGGUUUAAUCUUUUAGCAACAUACAAGAGUUCCUGUAGUUUUAUAAGGCAUUAUUUCAAAAAGCACUAUUAUAGUCGAUACAACUAUGUACUUGACACGUAGCCAUCUGGGGCAAUUUUUCAUACAGUGCUGGUUUACUGAGCU